AUGUAUUAUCAACUGACUCAACUUUUAAUAAUAGGAUUUUAUAUUAUUCAUUUUAUUGAAUCAAGUUUUAUAUAUAACAUAACACAUGCUAAUAAAAUUCUAUGUUAUUCAUGUAAAGGUAACGGUUGUGAAACAAUUUCAAAUGAAGAUGAUAAUGUGAUUGCAUGCAAUAGAAAUACACAAUUAUGUUGGGCUGGUUUUGUUAAUCAUAAACCUUAUCGAACAUGUGCAAGUCGUUAUUGUACACCAGCCGAUAUUUCACUUGAUAGUGAUGUUCGUAUUGAAACAUGUUGCCAUGCAAAUUUAUGCAAUUCUAUUUCACUUCCUGGGUCAAUAGGAAGUGAACGGCAUAUGAAAAGUUCAGCUCACCAUUCCAAGACUUCAACUGUUAGUAGUCCAGUAACUACUACCGAACGAACAACAACAAAAUCAAAAACAACUACUAAAGCACAAGAAAUUUAUGUUGUGAAUGAAAUAGUGGAUAAUGAAGAAAAAGUACCUUCAUCUUUAAACAAUAAUGAAGAAGAUGAUGAUUUAAAACAUUCUCAAUCAAAUUCACAUAGAAGUCAAGCAGUUAAUUCUGUAAUUAAUUGGGAACCUGUACAUUACGAUAAAGACUUCAGUAAUCGUGUUGCAUCAAUAAGUAAACUUUUAAUUCUUAUCAUACCAGUUUUAUUAGUUUUAAUAUUCUAA